ACAAAAUGCCAAUCCUGUCACAUUCUAUAUCUCUAUCUAUAGUACAGCUUCUUGCAUAGAUAUGUUAGUGUGUAUGGAGGUUCUUUUAUUGGCGUUGGGCGGUCUUUUGCUUCUCGUUGGCGGAGGUAUGGUAGAGGGUGCAGCCAUCAAAGUCAACGUUGGUAACAUGUCGAAGCUAGACGAUGCUGCUUACUUUCAUUUAUAUUAUGGUAAUACCUUCAAAGUCAUCAAAAACGACCUCGAUGGCAAGAGCUAUCUUCUCAUCCAGAAUAACUCAAGGAUGGCGCCAAGGACUAAAUAUUGCACACCAAGGAUCAAAUCAUUUGUCGUCCCAAUAUCAAACUUCUCCAUGGAUGCUCGUUAUUUUCCAGUUUCAUUCUUCGAGCUUCUAGGCCUCAUGCCGACGAUGAAGGGCAUCACAUCAGAGAAGGUAGCGUCUCCAUGUCUGCUUAAACUGUACAAUGAGGGUGAACUUCAAAUGCUCAACAACAGUGAGCCACAACAAUUUUCUCAAUAUGCCGCACAUUUCAUCGGCCAUGACGAUGACCAAGAAACUCAAUCGUGCAAUUACGUUACUUUUUUUCCCAGGGACGAGCAAGCUCCUCUCCAAAGGGCGGAAUGGAUCAAGUACUUGGGAAUUUUUGCAAACGAUGAAGUGAGAGCAAAUGAAAUCUAUGAUGCCGUGAAAAGCAAUUACAUGUGCUUGGUUAAUUCAGUAGCAAGCAAAAACCUCAAACCAACAGUGGCCUGGAUGGAGUUUAAUGAUGGUGCUUGGUCUUUCACAGAUGAAGCAUACAAGCUAAAGUAUGUAGAAGAUGCAGGUGGAGAGAAUUUGGAUGACUCCAUAAACAAAAUAACAUACAACACAUCAUCUAUUGAAGAUUUGGAACUACUACAUGCCAUCUUAUGUACCGUAGAUGUAGUGAUUGACGGAACAUUAACGACAGACCCGUUUGGCUACAACGCAACAUUGUUUCUCCAAAACCUCAAUAUAGAUGAUAAAUCUUGUUUUGGUUUUCUUUCAUCUCAAAGCGUGUGGAGACACGAUAAACGUCUUUCAACUGAUCUAGCUCUUGAUUGGUUUGAUGGAGCAGUGUCACAACCACAACUAGUCCUAGCGGACCUAAUAGAAGUUCUCUUUCCAUCAGGGAAUUAUACAACAACUUACUUUAGAAACCUCCUAAAGGAAGAAGAGCCUAUAACCCUUGGUCCUGAAAACUGCACUCGAGAUACUUUCACUCCAAUGGAGCUAACUCUAAUAACAUGCCCAUAGAAUACAGUUUUUUUUAUUUAAAUGAUGUUUUAACUAUUUAAGGGCAUGUUACCUUAUUACUCAUUUUUAUAACAUUACUGGGAAUAUUUGUUGGACAACCGGUUCACUUGCAGCGGAAGUUUUGGAUGAUUUCUCAGACAUGAUUUGCAUAAUGUGAAAGUGUAGAAAAUGAAUUAAGUAAAGUGUGAAGAAAACGAAUGAUUUGUGGACAA